GAGCGGAGGCCGGGGGUCCAAUGAGAAACGCGCCAGCGGAAGGGGCUGGCCAAAAGCCCUUGAAAUACUGCCCCAGCCGGGCCCCUGCGCUCGCCGCCUCCGUGUACGCCUACCUCCAUCGCCGCCCCGGGCUUCUUGCUGCGCGGUGGCCCCCCGCGAGGCUCCUGCAGCAUGGCCACCCCCAAGCGCUUUCAGACGCUCGUGCAGCUGCAGCAGCGAGAAGGGGAGCUGUGCCAGGUGCUCGGGAACCUCACCAAGCUGCCCAACUGGUUCCACUCCGAGUUCCUCAAGAGUCCGAAGGCAGUUCACCUGGAGGCUUGGCUGGUGGAAGCGAUCUUCGGCCCCGGCGGGGAGCACAUCCCGCACGUCGAGUGUGUCUCCCACACCCUGCUUCAUGUGAACCGAUGGGACCCUGACGGCGAAGCUGAGAUCUUGAUAUGUGGGCGACCUUAUUUUCAGAAGGAUGUAUCCAAGCUGAUCAUGAACUUGGCCGACUAUCACCGCCAGCUCCGGGUGCAAAGCUCAGAGAAGGUCCAGGUGCAGGAGGCCGGCACGCAGCGGUCUCCAAUCGAAGUGCGCGAGGCCGGGACGCAGCGGUCUCCAGUCAAGGAGCGCGAGCCUGGGACGCAACGGCCUCGAGAGGCUGCCGAGGACCCGGUUACCAGGCUAUGAAGAGCCAAGAGCGAGAACCAGCAAGGGCUUCAAGUGCAGAUCCCUCAGUAAUUCUACUCUUCUAGGUCCUACUGCUGCCCUAGAAGCUGGGGCAGAACGCUGCGGGUGUUUUGUUUUCCCCCUCUGUGUUAAUUGCGAGUUUAAGUUUAAGGAGUUCUAAUAAAACGAGUUGCAUUC